CAAACACCUUUUUUCAUACCAUGUUCAUAGCUUCACUGGACGUAGCAGACGCUACACUUUCCUCCUUGAAGAAGCCUAUUGGCUACUUGGGAUCCGCCCUUAUUGAAAACGCCAAUGUCGAAACCAUGACUCAACUGAUCCGUGAAACCGGCUCCACAUUGUACUGGGCCCGAGCCAACACCGUGGAAGAAGCUGUCAGCUUGUGGGAUGCUGGCGUCUACAAGAUUGUCUUGCCCCUUGCCAAUCUCCAAGACUUGCAACAAGAAUGCUCCGGUGUGGCCGCUGAACGUAUCGUCGUGGAAGCCUCCGUGGCUCAACUGUCAAACUUGCCAGCAGUAGGCGACGCCGUGUCCGCUGUCAUUAUCAAUACAUCCAUCAACGAGGCCCUCAGCAACGACAUCUUGCACGACUUUGCUCAACAGUUUGCCAAGAAUUUGCUCAAGACGGGCGGUGUACGACAAACGAUUGUUCAGGUGGACAAUGCUUCGGACAUCACUUUGGACACCAUUGCCAAGUUGCAGUCACGCUCUCUCGAUGUUAUCAUUCCUGCUUCCCGUCUCACCACCGCUUGGGAAACUGAAAAGGACAAGAUCAACAUUGGCGAAGCUUUUCUUGCUACAGCCACCACCGAUCGAUCGGAUGGUCUUUUCACCACCAUGGUGGUGGAUGAACGUAAAACCGCAUUGGGUCUUGUUUAUUCCAGCAAACAGAGCGUUUCCGAAUCCAUCCGCCUCGGGCAAGGCGUGUAUCAAAGCCGCAAGCACGGUUUGUGGUAUAAAGGAGCCACAUCCGGAGCUACUCAGUCAUUGAAGCAUAUCGCCUUUGACUGUGACGGUGAUGCUUUGCUUUUCGUCGUCGAACAACACGGUGCAGGAUUCUGUCACUUCAAUACUCGUACCUGUUUUGGUGCCGACACUGGAUUGGGCGCAUUGCAAAGAACUUUGCAGAGCCGCAAGGAGAGUGCUCCUGAAGGUUCUUACACGGCUCGCUUAUUCAACGAUGCCGAUUUACUGCGUGCCAAGAUCAUGGAAGAAGCCGAGGAAUUGUGUGAUGCCAAGGACAAGGAAGAAGUCGCUUGGGAAGCGGCCGAUCUGAUCUAUUUCGCUUUGACCAAAUGUGUGAGUCACGGUGUGACCUUGGAGGAUAUUGAGGCCAAUUUGGACAAGAAGGCGCGCAAGGUCACUCGUCGUCCUGGUAAUGCCAAACCCAAGUGGUCCGAACCCAAGAAGGAAGCCAGCCAACCGGCUCCCGCCCCGGCCCCGGCCGCGGCUCCUGCACCCGCAGCAAGCAGCAAUGGCAAGAUUGAAAUGAUGAAGUACUCCUUGAAUGAGAUCUCUGAGCAAAAACGCGCCGAUCUUUUGUUAAGACCCAUCAUUGAUUCUCAGGAAAUCAUUGGACGGGUGACACCGAUCAUGAAGGAUGUACGUGAACGUGGAGAUGCGGCCGUUCUCGAUUUCACUGCGAAAUUCGAUCGCGUUCAGCUGUCGACGCCCACUAUCAAGGCACCUUUCCCCGAGUCCAUGAUGCAGUUGGAUCCUGCUACGAAAGCGGCCAUCGAUCAGGCUUACGAAAAUAUCUACAAGUUCCACGACGCUCAAAUGGAUCGCGAAACGUUGGUGGUGGAGACCAUGCCCGGUGUGGUGUGUUCCCGAUUUGCCCGUCCCAUUGAAAAAGUGGGUCUGUACGUCCCUGGUGGAACCGCCGUGUUGCCUUCUACCACCCUCAUGUUGGGUAUCCCUGCCAAGGUGGCGGGUUGUUCUGAGAUUGUGAUUGCUUCGCCUCCUCGAUCGGAUGGUACCGCUGUUCCUGAAGUCGUGUAUGUAGCCCACAAGGUCGGUGCUACUCACAUUGUGCUGGCCGGUGGUGCGCAAGCGGUGGCGGCCAUGGCUUACGGUACCCAGACGGUCCCCAAGGUUGACAAGAUCUGCGGUCCCGGUAACCAGUAUGUGACGGCAGCCAAGAUGGUGGCUCAGAAUGAUACUUCAUGCCUUGUGUCCAUUGAUAUGCCGGCCGGUCCUUCCGAAGUGUUGGUCAUUGCGGAUAAGACCUGCAACCCUGCGUAUGUUGCUUCAGAUUUGUUGUCUCAAGCCGAGCACGGUGUGGAUUCCCAGGUGGUGCUUUUGGCGGUGGAUCUUUCCGACGAAUUAUUAGCCAAGAUUGAAGACCAAAUUCACACGCAAGCCAUGGCUCUUCCUCGUGUGGAUAUCGUUCGUCAGAGUAUUCCCAAGUCGUACACUUUGAAGGUCAAGACAAUGGAGGAAGCGGUGAAAUUCUCCAACGAUUACGCCCCUGAGCAUCUUAUCUUGCAUCUUGAUGAUGCCCCCGAUCUCGUUCCCCACAUCAACAACGCUGGCAGUAUCUUUGUCGGUCACUAUUCCCCUGAAAGUAUGGGUGACUAUGCUUCAGGUACCAAUCACACUUUGCCAACGUAUGGUUAUUCACGCAUGUACUCUGGUGUGAACACCUUGACUUUUGUCAAGCACAUCACUUCUCAGCAAUUGACCGCCGACGGUUUGAACCGUCUUGGUGAUACCGUGAUGCGGCUGGCCGAAGUUGAAGGAUUAGAAGCUCACCGAAACGCCGUGGCCAUUCGUGUCGCCGACAUUAGAAAAACUGCAUAGAGCCAUUUUUAAAGAAAAAGAAUAACGAGAGAAAAAAAAAAUGGAAAAAAAGGGAAAUAAACUAAUCAUUCUUUCUUUGCAUAACCCUCA